AAGACCCAAAGCACUUUCUCAUAUUUCCGUCAGAUCCCUCUGAAGUUAACCCGUCUUACUUCCUUCCCCGAUUUUGUAUUUGUCCUUCUCCAUAAUUUUCAGAAAGAGAACUAACCGAGAUGGGGCAACAUACAUCAAAAGACGAACUUCUCUAUCAGCAAGUCAAUUACGGCAAUAUCGAAGGUAUCAAAGCUCUUCGUGGCGAUGGCGCAGGCCUUGAGUGGAUUGAUAAAGAAGGAAAGACUCCCCUGAUCUUGGCGUGCAUGAAUCCCGAGCUUUAUAAUGUUGCAAAUACUUUGAUCGAGCUGGGUGCAAAUAUAAAUGCUUACCGCACAGGUCGGCAUGCUGGUACUCCUUUACAUCAUGCAGCAAAACGAGGACUUGAAAAGACUGUUAAUUUACUCCUUUCACAUGGAGCAAAUGCUUUGGUGAUAAAUGAUGACUGCCAAACUCCACUGGAUGUUGCUAGGGUCAAGGGGUUUAGCAAUGUUGUUAGAGCACUUGAGAGCCACAUGUGUUUGUUUUCUGGUUGGCUAAGGGAGCUUUAUGGGCCAGAGUUGCUUGAUUUGCUUGUACCAAAACUGCUAUGGAAAAAAGUUUGGGUGGUUGUUCUGCCACGUGGUUCCCGAAAUACACAGCCCUGCAAGUUGGAGCUUGCUAUGUAUGCAACUCAACAGGAUGCUCAACCCCGAACUGUUGCACUAUGGAAGGCCAACGUGGAAGAACCUAAUCUUAAUCAUUCAGCUCCAGUAGUGGUCAUAUCAAAUGUUUCAAGCAUCCCAAGAGGCCGGAGGCGAAGGAGAGGUAUCAUGUCCUCUCAACUACCGAGGCAUGGACCUCGAGGAGCUAGGCAACUGCGGAUCAAACUUGCUGCCGUGCAAGAAAGUGACAAACAACUGUUGCAGUCAUUUUGGAAUGCAUGUAAUGGAAUUCCACAGGUCACUCAUCCAGGAUUUCCAUUAAGCACCCAAUAUCCUGUUCUACCAGCAACCGCUCCACCUGCCUUGGACGAUGUAGAGUUGGCUAUGGCUAUUAGUGCCUCCAUGCAGCCUACUGUGCAUGAAAGACCCAUUUUGGAAGCAGAGUUGGAAUCUGGAUCGGUUGCCUCGACAAGUUAUACUAACCCCAUGGAAGUAAAAGCCGGCCCGAGUAGCAAUGAGAUUCAGCAUAGCCGGACCCCAAUUGAGACGUCUGUGAUCUGCACAAAGGUUGAGAACCCUAUUCAAGCACCCAUCCUCCCCUCAGCUCCUAUCAUUGGAAAUGAGGAAAUAGAUCAAGGUCCAAUUCAUUAUCCAUCAAUUGACACCAGCCAUGUAGAAUUUUCUUCACAAUAUGUUGAGAAUGUAGCUGCAGCACCACAUGAAGACAAAGAACAACCUAAUGCUACUUGUGUGAUAUGCUUGGAUGCUCCCAUUGAGGGAGCUUGUGUCCCAUGUGGCCAUAUGGCAGGCUGCAUGUGUUGUUUGGGUGAUAUUAUGGGGAAAAAGUGGGGUUGCCCCGUCUGUCGUGCUAAGAUUGAUCAGGUGAUAAGGCUAUAUGCUGUAUGAUGGUUUCAAGUGGAAAGUAUGGUGUUGUAUGUGGGGGGAAUUCUUUGCUCUCUAGUUACCUUGGAUUCCUGCUUCUCUCCUGCCUCCAAAAAUCAUAUGCUUUUAUAGUUUUCUGAGUUGUGUCUGUAUCAGUGCAACAUCAUUGCACCUUAGAUCACAUUGGAUGAGAAGCAUUUGCCAUUUAAUGUUAUCAGUGUCCUAAUAUAUGAAGGUGGAGGCAAAACAAAAGCAUGGGAAAUGUACGGAUGAUGUAAUGUAAACUUUGUGCAAGUGUGUAAAUACUUUUGAAAAGCGUGCUGUAUAAUGUUUUUUUUGUACGUCUACACACCAAGCGGCAGGGGUUCAUCCAACAGUUGAAGACUCUACUAUAGAUAACAUCCUGCAUAUCUUCUCAAUGAUCAACCUGUCGAUAUUAAGUUGAAUGCCCAUUCCAAUUGUAUGCUCCCUCUCCCAAAAAUAACUUUACCUUUGAUUUUUUUCAGUCAGCAAUGUGAUUGAUGGCUUAAGGAUUUUUAUCUAAUCCAAUAUUAUUUGAACAGUACAAGUAAGUCCAAUUCUAUCUGGCCCAAGAUAUAAAUUAGAUAAAUUAUU